GAGAGAGAAAGAGAGUAAUUACAGAGGCCUCUCUCUUUUAUUUUUUUGGAUAAAUAAUAUGGAAGUUAGACUAUAAAGACUGUGGACCUUCCAUUACAAGCUUCUGGCGCAGAUCAAAGGUGGCCUCUCUCUCGGAUCAAAGAUGGAGCCCAACAUCAAGCAGCCUGAAAGUGGCCAAAAGCCGGAUUACAUAUGCAUUUCCAUCCCUUCUUCCUCCCCAACAAUUGACAAUCAUGCACCGAAACCCACCAAAACCUCUAUGGAAACUACCAAAAACUCGCCGGAAACCGCCAAACAGGCUCCAGAUUCCAGUGGCUCAUCCAAUUUUCUGGCAGAUUCGGAGCUGAAGACUAAGGACAUCAUCUCCUUAGCCAUAGCCAUGGCCACUGCAGCCUUUGGCCUCACCAUACACCUACCUUUUGCCUCAAAGCAUAGUUCCGCAUUAGCGAUUCUCAUGAUCGACUAUGUUGUCGCAUUUAUGAUGUCUGGGGGGCUCCUCUUGCUUAUAAUUUUUGGGUCCCAUUCUAUUAGAUCCAUGAAAGUGGUUCGAGCUCUGGUAGCUGUGGGCCUGGGCUUAUUUUUACUGGCUUUGCCUUUUCAUUUAUGGGUGCUCGUUCCACAUAACUUGGAUUGGGUGGUCAGUUUGGCUUGUGGAGUGGCUGCUUUGGUCGGAAUUCCUUUGGGCUAUAUCAUUCUUGGGGUGGCCAUGUCUGCCUAGUGCAGUUGUGUAGAGAGAGACAGAGUUUUCUAAUCAUGUAGUGUCGAUAUGUGCUAUAAGCUUAGAGAGAGAGAGAUUUCUAUGCAUCUAGUGUAUAUGUGAUAUAAGCUUAGAGGGAGAGAUAGACCUUUGCUGGGUUUCCAUGGCUGCUUAGUGGUCAGAGGGAGCUUUCUAUAUGUAUAGUAUUCAUAUGUCAUAUAUGCAGUUGUCACUCUGGGUUGCACUGAAUGGACUUUUCCUAUUUAUGUGAGAGAUAGAGAGAGAGAUUGUUAUAGGAACCGAGCCCGAGUUAAAUGGCUAGUGUGUCGGGCGAUAAGUUCCCAGCUUUAGAUCUCGGUCCCCAUUUCUAUACCAGGGCAAAUGGGAUAAAUAAAUAAAAAAAAUUCAAAAAAAAGAGGGAUGAAAAAAAAGAGUUCAAAAAAAGCAUUAGAUCUCAGUCUCCAUUUCUAUACCAAGGAAAGAGGGAUAAAUAAAUAAAAAAAUUCUAAAAAGAAAAAAGGGACAAAAAAAAAAGUUCAAAAAAAGAGAGAAAGAGAGAUAUUGUCAUGCAUAUGCAUUUGUUCAAAGAGAUUCCACAUGUUAUAUACCAGUUAUAUUUUCUUUAUAGCUACGAAGGGAGUUUUGUUUCUUGUGUUGUGUGUGAGAGAGGGGGAUAGAUAUAGCAUCAUGUUACGCAGAGUAGAAGUUUUAGACUAUUUUUUGGCAUUUAUAAAAACCAAAUAUUGAGUUUUUAAUCUUGUAUAUUACAAGAUAUUAAGUUUCUUAUAUUGAGUUUUUUAUUUUAUAGGAUUACAGUUGUAUGCGAUAUGUUUUCUAAAAAAAUCUAUAAAUAUUUAGUAAACCAAAGCGAUUCUUAUGAAUGAGAUACUCGUUUAUCUUU